AUGAAGCGAUUCGUCGCAGAUGACAUGGGCGACAAGUCUGUAAAAGACAUCAAGGAGUUCAUGUGCCAGUGGUGCAAUGAGAACUUCACAAACUUGCGUAUUAUCACGCAAGAACUCAAAGUCUUUGUUGGCGACGAUGAGCAGGAUGACAAUGAGGUCAUUGCAACGGGUCAGCAUGUCAAGGUUGUCUAUGAAGAUUUCAGGGUUGGUUUGAGCCGUGCCUUGGAUGGCAUCCCCAACUGUGACGAAGCAAACAAGGACGAGUAUGAGCAGUCCAUUGAUAGUUUAGAAGUGACUGGCAACACUACUCUUCAAGAACUGGCUGACAUACAUAACCACUUCGGAGACAAACUCUAUUUUACGAUGUGUGCCAACCCAGCGAGUGAUGAUGAGAGUUCAGAUGAGGAAAGCGUCCCCGAGACAACUACACAGGUUCCAGAUGACGCGCUUACAGAGGCUGACACUGUCCCUACUACCGUUGCUGAUGCAAACGAGCCGGAAGAUGAACCAGUCACCGGAGCAGUCACGCUAUCCUACGGUGAUGGUGUGACAAAAGAGAUUGACAUUAGUGCAGUGAAGACUUUGGGACAGUUUCGGAAGAAGUGCGAGGAGGUGACCAAGAUUUCGGGCAAUGACUUUCGCUUCAAGAUUGGUGACGUUGAGGUUUUCCAGAAGAAUGCCAUUCAUUUGAAGACCGGCAUCCGUGCCGGAAUGACCGCAUUGUCAGACACAAUUCGUGUGGCAGUGGAGAAGGCAGAUGUUUCUGGCAUUGAUGGGCUCCGCUACUUGAUUGACAACUGCUCUUCGGAUGCGUUCUUGGGAGAGGCGAUGGAUGCCACUGACCGCAAGAAGUCAAAAACCAACAGUGUGGAUGUCCGAGUGCAUAAGUUCGCCAAAAGCAUUUUGGGUGAAAAGAUGCAGAAGUUGCUUGAACAGAAGGGCAAUGUUGAGAUGUCCAUUGAGAGUUGUUGCACUGCCGUGCAUUUCAUUUUCACCAAGACUUGCUCGGAGAUUGAGAACUUUGAUUUGAGCAGUGUGCGCUCUAUGGUGGAUAAGCGCAAGUCCUUCUUGGCUGGUCAGAGUGCUCGUCCUUCGGCUUCGGCUGACACCGGUGUAGAUGCAGUCACCAAUGCCUUGCGUGAUACUCGCAUGGCUGAUUGA